GAAAUCUCUACUAAUCCCUCCAAAUUGGAGGGAUUGAAAAUGGAGGAGGAGAGGGGGCUCCGUCUCCCUUUGUCUCCCUCCCCUCCUUUUAAAUUUUUUUUUCAAACAAGAAGAGGGGUUUUCACCUCCUCACUCUCCUCUCUCUCUUCCAACUUCUUCAAUCCAAACAAAGUGUAAAAGAAAUUGAAUUUCUUAAGGAAAAGUUGUCAAAGGACAGAAUUGUGUGAGUGAGUUGGCAAGUGGGUUUUACUGGAAGGUUUGUGAAGGGUUGAGAGUGAGUUUUUGGAAUGAUGUCUGGAUAGGGGAUCAUGAGUUUCAGUUCUUGUAUCCUGGCCUGUUUGCUUUGUACGAGGAAAGGAGGCUAGGGUGACGGAGAUAGGAAUGUUGAGGAAUGGGGAUCGAGAGUGGAGGUUGGAAUGGAGGUGGGGAGGCUAGGGCCUGAAUGGGAUUUAGGAGGAGUUUGUGAGCAAGGUAGAUGGGGUUGGUUUGAAGGAAGAUACUGAAGAUGUGUGUUGGUGGAAGUUUGAUGGGGGUGCUAUCAAUAUGACAAAACAAGCUUAUGAAGAGAUGAUGAGAAAGGAGAGGGUGAUUGAGAAAGAAUCUACUGAUUAGAUUGCUGAAAAUUUGUUGGGUUAAUUUGGUGUGGAGGAUGCUAUGUGUAUCGUUUGUAAGGAAGAAAUAGAAUGCAUUGAUCAUGCUGUGGUGAAGUGCAAGAAGAUUAAGAGGAUAUGGAUGGUUGUGUGUGGGUAGUGGAGGGUGGAUUUUGUGUUUACCUAAUUCGGUUAGGGAAAUUAUGUUUGCAGAUUGUGUAUGGGAAGCGUGGGAAAAAGUAAAGAGGUAUGUUAGCUUUGGUGUUUUUGGUGGUCUUCUGGUAUGUUUGGUUGUGGAGGAAUGGUCAAAUAUUUCAGGAAGUGCACAGAUGCAAUUGAUGGAUUGAAUUGAUGCAAAUGAAGUCUUUUUACUUGGUUCAAAAGGAGAGCAAAAGGAUGUAGCACUCCAUUUCAGGAAUGGUGUGACAGCCCAUGAAGUUGUGUUCAGCAUGGUUGGAGGGGAGGCAUUGGUAGGUAUAGGGUGGGCAUUGAUGAGAAUUUUUUUUUCCCAAUAAUAUCCUUUCCGAUUUAUUAUAUAAAUCUUUGUCUUCUCUUUUUCAUAAUUCGGCAUAUCAGAGCAUUGAUGAGAGAACUCAACAUACUUCCACUUCUAAUAUGUUUCAUGGUUCCUCUUUUUAGAGAUGUAUUUAGAAUCCAUAUUAGUAUUUUAAUACAAGUACGUUGGUUUUCUGUCUUUUGCAGUGUUUACUGUCAACAAUGAAAUGGAAACGCAAGGGCAAGCAAACCCUCCAGGUUCCUCUUUUGCCUGCUAUUUACCUGACUCAUGAUUGAUUUUUUGAAUGUAGUAUUGUUCUGUUGAGUUUGUUUUGUUGUUUUCGUUUUGCACUGUUUUCUUGAAGAUUUGGAAUUUGAUUUUGUGUAGUGUGUAUCAUGUUAUGUAAAAUCUAGUUGUUUAUUUAAUUUAUAAAAGGAGAAGGAUGUCAAAUUGAAAUUAAGUUAAUCCUUCCCUUUCCUCUGUGUUGGUUACCCACACAAAAAAUCACAUAAUCCUUUUGUUUCCUUCCCUUAUCUUUAUCAUCCCCUUCCCUUUCCUUU